UCUUGGAGAUGCCAUGGCAUGAAAAAUGAUCGAAACGAUUGGCGUGUCACUAUGGAAAUUUCGGAAUCUCUGCUAAAAUGAAAACCCAGGUAGCGUGAUUUUAAUAGUUUUACCCAUGAUUUUAGUAGUUUUCCCGUGAAUAUAAUCUUUCUAAUAUGAUGAGUAUGUUUUUACUAGUGUGCUACCUAUGCUAAAUCUAACCUAAAAUGAGAAGAAUCUUCAUCAUGAGUAAGGUGACGUAAUACGGCGCUCGAUGCAAACUGGCAUGAGCAGCGAUGCCUCGAUUUAGUAUUAAAUGGACGCGCCAAAAAUCUUCAACAUUUUUAUGAUACUUCUCGCAGCAAACGUGAAAUUUCCUAGAACCGUCGGGCAGAAUUUGCAGAUCUCCCAAGCAGAGCACGCGGAGCAAAAAUUCCGAGUGAAGCGCCAGCUCCCGAACCAAUACAAUUUCAACAGCAACUCGACGCAAAACCAACUACCAAAUCUAAACAGGGUGUAUUUCAGUAACAUUCCGAUAGAGAGCGCUGUCGCGGAAAUGAAACAACGUAUUCCAAGCCGUUACUUCGCCUACACCAAUUUCACGCAAAACCAGUCGCUAGACCGGAACGGUUUCACGGAAAACUUACCGAUGGAUGGAAUGAAACAACCAUCCCCAAACCGGUUCCAGUCACCGGACCCGGUUUCCAGGGAUUCACCGAUAGAUAGCGCUGUCGCACAGAUGAACCAACAGAUCGCGAACCCGUACAUCUUCUACCCUAACGCAACUUUCAACCAGUUUCCAGAUUUGGGCGGUGAGUAUUUUACAAACUCCCCGAUGGAUGGCGCGGUUUCACAGGAUUUCCCGAUAUUCCAACCGGAAAAACCGGGUGCUGGCAAUGUCAAGGACACGGUCACUGAUAAUAGGAGCACGAUUUUCAACGUCCUCAUAUUGAGCAACUAUCUGAGCUUAUCACCGUUCAGGGACGACCUCGGGGAUUCUGGGCUCGACGGGCGGGCGGUGUCCAAAUUCAAUUUUUCAGGGGAUGUCAAGGACUCGGCGGGACCCCGACUGGUCCCCAGGGUCAGAAACUCGACGAUAGUGUUUUUGGACGGCGCCCGGCUCCCGAGCUACACGGGGAACGUGACGGGCAGGAAUCGAGAGGAGAGCCGAAAAAAGUUCAGCUUCGAAGACGUGAAUCUCGACAUGCGGAACCUGAAAGACCUGGUUGAUUUCAGGAGGAAACCGGUCCCUUUGGAGCUUUCUAGGGGUGGCGGUCUGCCGCGAGAUGUGGACGACUCAUCACGAGUGAAAGCGACGAUGGAUUUACCCGCAGGUUCCCAUGACGGACCAGCGUUGGACCCGGGGCGAUACCCCGAGAUCACGCAGUUCCACGGCGACAACUCGUCCCUCAUCAUGAUCCGGCUCGACAAGGACAGGGACAAACGGCCACGGUUCGGCGGGGGCUUCGAUCAGUCGGGGAUGAGGGGUCGCGGGACCUUCCCUCCGAGGAAAUUCCGCAAAGAGAAGGGGUACUCCCUUCCGGGAAGAAGGGAGUCCGACGAGGAGCGGAACAUCACGGAGGACUUCCGAGAGAUGGAGAUGCACCUCGCGCAGAUCUCGAAACUCAUGGCGCGGAUAGAGAAGAAGAAAAAGCAAGCGGUCAGUAAUCGCUCGAUCUAGAGUACCUAUA